GACUAUAGUGGCUAAAUUGGGCUUCAGCGGGUCUUUUAAAUGGCAUAAGGGAGAUCCUUUACUGCAACAGCUUAAGGGAGAGUUGCAGUUGACUUGGGAGAAAGGAUAUAGGAAGGUACAAGUACAGCUGGAUUCGCGUGUUGCUAUCCAGCUUCUACUGGGGCUCGGUGAGGUCACACACCAACAUUCUUCUAAGGUCGCCAAUUUUCGUGAGUUGUUGGAUCGCGACUGGAUGGUUACGGUAGAACACAUUUAUCAGGAAGGCAACCAAGCUGCUGACUACUUAGCUGGCUUUGGUCAUAGUCAGUGUUCUAAAAGGCCCUAUUAGGCAGCGCAUAGGCUCGCAUAUGCGCAAGGCGCACAACAAACGCCCCGCACACCUCGAGGCGUGCUAAAAGGCGUGUUAAGCCUUUGAAAUCCAAAAAAAAAUUAAUUAAAUGCUGUUGGGCCGCAUUUAAUAUUUUAAUCUCACGUGCACAGCGCAACUACCUAGCCUUUACUUGGCAAUUUUAAUCUUCCGAUGAAUGACUUAAUAUAUAGGCAAUCAGGAGGAGGAUUCAUCUCAUCCUUUCCGGUGUGGGAACACUAAAGCAGUACUCCGUACUAGAAUUACGUUGCACCUAUAUGCUUGCUUACAUUCUUUAUUUCUUAGUUUUGAGUUUACAUCUACUCCGUAUUAUUUUGCUUAUAUUAUAUAACUAUAAACUUCAAUUCAAUCACUUCAUUUUUUAUUAAUAAUAAUUAACAUUAUUGUAUUAUCC